AUGUUUUCCAAAGACCAAAUCAAGUUCACAAUACAUACAAUGAAUCUUGCGUAUUUUUUUGUAUUUUCAUCAAUUACAAACAAAUCAACAGAUAUACUUACUAAAUUCGCACUGUUUUUGCAAACAUGCGAAACAGCGCGUGCAUCUAUUUGCUAUGCACUUUAUCUUUUAUGUUUAGACUCUUCAAAACAUUUAAUUCCAAGAUUUCUUCAAACAAUGAAUUGCCCAAUUGGAAGGACCAUCAUGGAACAACUGUUCACAUAUAAUACAUCAAAAGAGUUUUAUAUCUUAAAUUCUCAAUGCGGACAAAUUUUCGUUCAAUAUUUUAUGAAGUCCAAAAGAUACUUCCCCGAAAUGUUUAUGACAAGUAUCAUGCCUCUCAAUUUUCAGAUUCCAACAGAAGUUGUUGAACAAAAAGAUUUAUUACCAGAAAAGAAUGUUAAUAUGUACUUGCAAUACAUAAUGAAUAUGGUAAUCAGAUUUGAUUCAUUUGAUCCUAUUGAAAAAAGCCAAUUUAUUGAAUCAAAUUUAAUUUUAUUGCUUCAUCAUAUAUUCAGAACAAGAAACAUCCUUUUUAACAUAGAAAACUACAUUUCUGUCAGAACAAUAGAUCAGUUUUGUACAAUUAUCAGCUUGUUUUUUGAUUGUACGAAAACAAUUAUUUUUGAUCAGCCAUUUAAGAUCUCACUUAUCAAUGAUUCAUUUGUUGACAGUGUUUUGCUUUGCAUGAAGUUUAUAAUGAUCGCUAAAAUACCAGAAGAAUUCUCAAAUGUAUUUUUUAACGUGAAAAAUGCUUACAAUUCAAUAAUUUCUUUUAUUACAAGAAACUCUUCAGCAUUUACAAGAAUUUUAGCAUGCAAAUUUCGCGUUUCUCUGCUCCCUGCUGUCAUAAUUUCUGCUUCCGUUUUAAAUCUUCCACUUUGCACUAACUUAACUUUAUUGAAAUACGUUGCAUAUAGUACAAUUCCAGCAACAGUAUCAGCUGCAGUUCUUUUGGUCAGGAAUUUACCUCCAACAAAUGAUUUGGCCGAAGGAAUGGUUAAUCAGUUAUUAGCUUUCUAUGUAAAAAGAACAGAUAAGCAGAAUUUGAGAGCAAUUGAAUCAUACAUGACUUUCAUGACCAUUAAAAUCGAUAAAAAUCCAGAAUUUUCAAAAAAGUUAGCUUUGGCUUCGAAUUUCCUUUAUUGCUAUAAUUCUCUUAUUGGUUAUCUUGCUUAUUAUGAAGAAAAUUUGGAUUCUCUUAUUACACUCAUUAUUCUAAUCAGUAGAAUCAAAAAUCAUGAGCCCAAAGUUAAACUUCAAAUUCCAUAUCAGUAUUUGUUUGGAAAAGAUGUAGUUAGACAUCUAGGAAAACAAGGUUUGGAAGCACUUUUUGAUCUCUUUAUUGCUGAUUUUGUUAAAACAGGAGCGAAAUGUGAAUUUCAACUUAAAAUGGCCAAUUAUAGCGGCCAGACUAUAAGAAAUUUUAGAAUUAUCCAGCAAUAUAUUAAUAAUCAAGAAAUUGAUCUCCAAACAAUUGAAGCUCCAAAUAUUGAUGAGAAGCAAUCGCUCCCAUGGAAAGUGAAUAAUGAGCUUGUAGAAUCGCUUACGUUCUUGAACACAGUAUAUCAAAAAGAUUUAGACCAUUUCGAAGAGGAAGAAAUUGUUGAAUAG